CCCAGGCUGAAUGGGGGUGGGGAGAGAAGUCGGCAGAGCUCGGCCUCAGGAUCCGCACCCCUGUGGAAGGACGGCAGAGAGGAAUCGUUUCACCGGCCUCUCCCCUGUUGGGGUCUCGGGAAACACGCGCUCGGGAAAGGUGGGUCCCGAUUGUGCUUACGCACAGCUAAUCGCUGAGGCAAGUGAGAAUAUUGGCAGAAGAUUUCGCCAAUCGAAGGAGGAUAGAAGAACUACAAUCCCCAACAGGCGUCGCGCUGCCAAGCUGUUCCCUCCCCCCACUUCAGUGCCUUGAGCGACUUGACCAGAGCUGCUGCAACUGCAGCAAGAGGUAGGGCUGAGGCGUUGGGAAUGGCACAGACAGGCGGUCGCACAGAAAGACACACAGAUGUAGUCGUGUGCAUAGUCCUGACAGCGAAUAGGUGUCACUAGUUAAAAAAGGCAUCUGCUGAAAGAUUUGGAACAGAAGAAAAUGGCCACUCCGAACCAGACCAACUAUAACACAGAGUCACCAGCAGUCCUGGAGGAGGCCAAGACCUUUAGUGCUCCAGGAAGUCCCAGAACACCUCCUGAGCCUCAUGACUCUGGCGAUUCCUUGCCCCUGCCACUCCAGAUGGAGAGCCACUCAGAGGACGAGGAUCUUGCUGGGGCUGAGGGUGGCCUGGGCUGGAACGGUAGGGGUCCCCAGACCCAGAGCCCAGGGGCCUGUUCAGCAGAGGCUGUGCUAGGCCGGAAGAAACACCGUCGAAGGCCAUCAAAGCGCAAGCGGCACUGGCGACCCUACCUGGAGCUGAGCUGGGCUGAGAAGCAACAGCGGGAUGAGCGGCAGAGUCAGAGGGCCUCGCGUGUUCGCCAGGAGAUGUUCGCCAAGGGCCAGCCGGUGGCACCCUACAACACCACUCAGUUCUUGAUGAAUGACCGAGACCCAGAGGAGCCCAACUUGGAUGUGCCCCACAGCAUCUCCCACCCAGGGUCCAGUGGGGAGAGUGAGGCAGGGGACAGUGAUGGGCGGGGCCGAGCUCAAGGUGAGUUUCAGCAGCGGGAGUUCUCUGAGGCGUAUGAACGCUACCACACAGAGAGCCUGCAGGGCCGUAGCAAGCAGGAGCUGGUGCGAGACUACCUAGAGCUGGAGAAGCGGCUGUCGCAGGCUGAGGAGGAGACAAGGAGGCUGCAGCGGCUGCAGGUGUAUACUGGCCAGCAACCCUGUAGCCAGGUGGAGCAACUGGCAGCAGAGGUGGAGAGGCUGCGGACUGAGAACCAGCGGCUUCGCCAGGAGAACGAGAUGUGGAACCGAGAGGGCAGCCAUCGCAGUGAGGAGCUGGGCACCUAGGGGGACCCAUGGAGAAAGUCCUAUUUCAUGCCCAUUCAGGCCAGCUGGGUCUCCAGGAGGCAGAUGGCAGAAGAAAACCACUGUCAGCACUCUGUGUCCCCUGAGAACAGCUGAAAUAGGUUCAGACUUCCUCCUCGUCAUUUCCACAGUUGGUUCUUUGCUGUCAUCUUACUUUUUACAGAGAAAUUAAAUGGUCUUGGUGAGA